UGACUGUUCACUGACGUAAUAUUGACGUAAAGCUUCAGUUUACGGCAGUGGAAUCAGUCCGGUUAUAGCGUACAACAAAACAAAGUUUUACAUCGAAUUGGUUCCCAGUUUUCCAGGUGUCGAUCAUCAAACACGUGUCUGCUGCGAGCGAGCUAUGAAGACGAAGAAGCAACCAAACAUUCUGCUAACAGGGACUCCCGGAGUUGGAAAAACCACUCUAGGAAAGGAGCUGGCCCAGCGCACAGGGCUGACCUAUGUCAACAUAGGAGACCUGGCCCAGGAAGGACAACUGUUUGAUGGCUAUGAUGAAGAGUACCAGUGCCCCAUUUUGGAUGAGGACAGGGUGGUGGAUGAGCUGGAUGAAAAGAUGAGUGAAGGAGGCGUGAUCGUGGACUAUCACGGCUGUGACCUGUUCCCCGAGCGCUGGUUCGACAUCGUUUUUGUCCUGCGCACAGACAACACCCAGCUGUAUACUCGACUGGAGGCCAGGGGCUACACGGGAAAAAAGCUGCAGGACAAUGUGCAAUGUGAGAUCUUCCAGACCAUCUAUGAGGAAGCCAUGGAGGCCUACAGUAAGGAGAUUGUCCACCAACUUCCCAGCAACACUCCUGAGGACAUGGAGCACAACCUGGAGCAGAUAGUGCAGUGGACUGAACAGUGGAUGAAGGACCAUAACUAGGAGGUGACCUCAUUGGGUCAAAAGAGUCAACAAUUAAAACCUGAAUUGUAUCAUUUCUGAAUCUGUGUUUACUGUCAUAUUGAGCAAAGGUUUUGAAUUUGUUUGUAUUUUGUUUCCAAUGAACCCGACUUUCUUGUAAUUGGUCUUCAGCAAUAGUUCGACGGACUUUCAAGGUGUCUCGUUGGACAGUGCCUGCUUUUUCACUCAGUUUUUAUCCAGUCCUUGUACAGUUUUCAGAAGGCAUGUUGUUUAGCUGCAUAACACUGACCUAUGAAUCAAUCAUCACCUAACUGAAUGAAUGAAUCAGUGUUGUCUAGAUUUAGAUGGAAAUCUAUAACAGACACUGGCAAAUAAACCAUUGUAAUUGGAUCUUUAGGCAUUUUGCUUCUAGCCACACAGUUUGUUCCCAUGUUGUUAGUUCAAUCUGUGAUAAAGGCCAAAGAAAGCAGCGUUUGACGUAGGUACUCAACCAUUUGUGAAGUUCUCCAAGGAAAGAUAACCAGCCCACCAGGAUUCCUCUGCCCAUAGACACCCCAGAGAAGCCUGGCCUCUGUGGCCUGAUCCCACAGAACAGCUACUGGAGCACAAGCAGCUGAAAGCUAUAGACUGUCUGAAAGCAUGCUGGGUUGUAUAGGGGCAGACCAGUCCAAGUGCUGAUCCCUGUCCACCACCCAAAUAAACUACAGUGGACAUGUGAACAUCACAAGUCAGCGUGGUGGGAUAUGAAUGGCUGCUUGGAUAAGUUUACCUGGAGUAGCGACAGCAUCGGGACAUAUUAUGGGGAAAAGCAAGGCAGUGAAGAUGGUACCACCAUGCUUCCUUUGGGUAAUAUUCUGCUCUAAUACUUGUAAGGUUUCACCUGCUAAACAUCUCACUGGAAAGACCAUGUGCAGUUACCCUGGUCUGACUGAGCAUCUCUAGGUGGCGUUGUUUAAAGACCAUCUCCAUUUCUGCUGUUGCCUUUGUAACAUUCAGAUUGUCAAACUAUUUAGCAUCAUGUGAAGACUUGUAUUACAGCCUGAAGCGUUUUAUUUUCUCAUUGCUGGAGUGUUCCCACUGUUAAUGUAGGCCUGUUUAAACCUGUGUAUUAAAUGUAAUAGUUGUUCUCACAGGAUUAAAAGGAAAUCAUGUUUUUA